AUGGUUCAAAUCAACGCAUUCGCCGUCGGUCUCGCCGCUCUUCUUCUGGGGCAGGCCACAGCAUUCCCGAACGAAUGUAAGAACGGGAUGAGAUACUGCGGAUAUAACCUCCUUAAUGGAGGCCCAUUCCAGCAGGUCUGGGAGCAGCGCCUUAAUGCUGCACUCCCGCCGAAUCAGCAAGGGCAUCAAUUUGGUUCUACCUUUAUCUGCAACAGCGACCAGGUCUCCGUCAGAUUCGAAGAUUACUGCCCCGACAAGGGGGCUGGCUGGGUCUGCAAGAACGGAAACAACAACUUGUGUGUGGUGGAUCCAUUGUUCCCCGGACAAGACUGCUGCAGCAACGUCAAUUAA